AUGCAUAUGAUAACAACUAAGUUUAAAAAAAAACAAUUUGUUUCUCAAAUAUUUUCAGUCGUUUCAUCUGGUAUGAAGAGCAAUUUUGCAACAGUCGAGGUUGAAGUGGUCGAUUGCCCCAACCUUACUGAGGGACCAUUCCACCUGGCUGGACGAGGACUCGGCGGCAGUCCCACUUUGGUGGAACUGGGAGGACCACCCUAUUUGCUUCCCACCGUAGACUACACCAAACUUUACGAUUUGGUUGAGGUUUGCCAAAAAGCUAUCAAUUCGACCAAGAAAGAGUUCGUGGCCAUUGGAGCGGGAGCUGGUCCGUAUCCGCUGGUGGACUCCAACUGCGAGGGCAUGUACAAUCUGAGGGUCGGAGCCAACGGACACGUGGUCAGCGAAAGCCAUCUGGCCCAGAUCACACCGGAUCGCAAGAAGGCGCUGCUCAAGAAAAUCCCUAGCUCCGAAACUCGCUGUGCCCUUUUGGGGAAUAUCUUUGUCUCCGAAGGCGCUCCAGGAAAAGUUCUACGAGUCCACUGCAAAAAGCGAACCGGUGAUCUAGACUUCAUCGCCAGCAUUCGGACGACUUUAGAACGAUUCUACGGCGAGAGAACCGUAGGCUUGGGUGGUGUUUUCCUCCUGAAACAAGGCAAAGCCAGGCAACACGUUAUGUCACCGUUCUCGGAAACGCCCCUCAACAGUGAGCAUGAACUGAACGAGUGGCUUAACUUUUUCAACAUGUCCGCCCCGUUGAUCGCCGUCGGAACCCUCGUCACCAAUGAGUAUGAUCUAGAUUUACGGCUGCAGCACUUCCACAGCUUCUCCAAACACGGCGAGGGCGGCCAUUAUCAUAUCGAUACAACACCGGAUAUCGUCGAGUACGAGGGUUACUUCAACGUUGGAGAAAAAAUUGUACGAGUAGAUAAGCCGCUUAUCACGCAUAAAUACGGACGAGACUGAGAGAAGUUUUUUUUUAUUGUUAAUCAAUUACGGAAAAAAUAAACAAAAAAAAACUUGUUCGACAA